UCAAUGAGAUGCACCAUAUUCUAUGGCUGUACAUAUCUGUUGUUCCGGAUACGCGUUUAUUUGACCUGCCGGCUUUUCAUAUUUUCUUUAAAGCGUCUAUCUGGCUAAAAUGGCGACUCCCAUAGAUUUUCUCUUGCCUGCAUUACUUGUGCUAGCCAGCUAGCUUUGUUUUCUUGAUUGGAAUGAUCUCUCGGUGGCUCCCAUUUAAAUUACAUCUACUACAUUGUAUGCAAGAGGACAACAUCUGAAAUCAAAGCAAAAGAAUCAUACUAUUUUGUUUUUGAGCGUGCUGCAUUAUAAUUCAUCUGAAGAGGUUAUAAUCCUUCAAGCUAACAUUGUUAGCUAGCUAGUUAGCGUAACAUCUGGCCUGACGAGAGACGAGCUAUUGUAUCUGUGGCUACUGAUUUAGUGCUCAUUUGGAAAUACAUUUUACGUCUGGAUUUUCUUCUUCUAAGAGAGGCGUAAUCUACCGGCACCAUGGCAUCUGGGACCUCAAGCUCAGUUCUGCAGCCACGGUGGAAGCGGGUGUUGGGAUGGUCCGGCCCGGUACCCCGGCCCCGCCACGGCCACCGUGCGGUCGCAAUUAAGGAAUUGAUGGUUGUAUUCGGGGGAGGCAAUGAAGGAAUUGUGGACGAACUACACGUUUACAAUACAGCGACCAACCAGUGGUUUAUUCCUGCUGUCCGCGGAGACAUCCCCCCCGGCUGUGCUGCAUAUGGGUUCGUGUGUGAUGGUACCAGACUACUCGUCUUUGGAGGAAUGGUUGAAUAUGGAAAAUACAGCAAUGAUCUGUAUGAACUGCAGGCAAGCCGAUGGGAAUGGAAACGACUGAAGGCAAAAGGGCCAAAGAACGGGCCGCCCCCCUGUCCCCGACUGGGACACAGCUUCUCCCUGGUGGGAAACAAAUGCUACCUUUUUGGAGGACUGGCCAAUGACAGUGAAGAUCCCAAGAACAACAUACCAAGAUACCUGAAUGACCUGUAUACCUUGGAGCUGCGAGCAGGCUCCAGUGUGGUGGGCUGGGACAUCCCCAUCACCUACGGCGUGCUGCCCCCUCCCAGGGAGAGCCACACAGCUGUGGUCUACACUGAGAAGACCAGCAAGAAGUCACGUAUCAUCAUCUAUGGGGGCAUGAGUGGCUGUCGUCUCGGGGACCUCUGGGUCUUUGACAUAGACACUCUAACAUGGAACAAGCCAGCUAUCAAUGGUACAGCUCCCCUUCCCCGCAGUCUCCACUCUGCCACCACCAUCACCAACAAAAUGUUUGUGUUUGGAGGCUGGGUGCCACUAGUGAUGGACGAUGUGAAAGUAGCCACACAUGAGAAGGAGUGGAAGUGCACAAACACACUGGCCUGCCUCAACCUGGACACUAUGACGUGGGAGACGGUGUUGAUGGAUAGCCUGGAGGACAACAUUCCCAGAGCCAGGGCAGGACACUGCAGCGUGGCCAUCAACUCCCGCCUCUAUGUCUGGAGUGGCAGAGAUGGCUACCGCAAGGCCUGGAACAACCAGGUGUGCUGCAAGGAUCUGUGGUACCUGGAGACAGAGCGGCCCCACCCCCCUGCACGUGUGCAGCUGGUGCGAGCCAAUACCAACUCUCUGGAGGUGAGCUGGGGUGCGGUCCAGACCGCAGACACCUACCUGCUCCAGCUGCAGAAGUACGACAUCCCUGCCACCUCUGCUGCUGCCUCCACUCCUGCAGGAAGUGCAGCAGCCACCUCACUACCCUCCAUCACCCCCAAGAGCCCCGCCCCGGCCGCAGCCUCUGUGGCAAGCCAAGGUCUGCCCCUCCAGGGCAUCACCCUGGUCCCCUCGCCCACCACCUCUGUACCGGGAAGUCCCCUGGGAGCCCGCGGGCCAGCUAUUCUAAAGGUGGCCGCCCCCCACUCGACCACAGGAACAUCCAUUGUCACUGUGAGACAAGCCAAUCAGGCAGGCAAAUCCCCAGUCACCCUGACAUCACUUCCUGCUGGCGUCCGCAUGGUGGUACCAGCCCAGGGAGUCCAAGGAACGCCAAUUGGCAGCAGCCCUCAGAUGAGUGGCAUGGCUGCCCUGGCUGCCGCCGCUGCAGCCACUCAGAAGAUCCCACCCUCCACAGCAACAAUGAUCAAUGUCCCACCAGGCGCCACCAUCGUCAAGACGUUGGCGGUUAGUCCCGGUUCCACCACCAUGCCUGUCAAAGUGGGCUCGCCUAUUAUGGUGAGCAACCCUGCCACCCGCAUGCUGAAGACUGCCGCAGCGCAGGUGGGCACGUCCUGCAUCACCACGCCCAACACCCCCACUCGGCCUAUCAUCACAGUGCACAAGUCCGGCACUGUAACGGUGGCCCAGCAGACGCAAGUGGUCACUACGAUGGUGGGAGGAGUAACCAAGACCAUCACCUUGGUCAAGAGCCCCCUCACCAUGGGUGGCAGUGGCACACUGUUCUCUAACCUGGGGAACCUUGGCAAAGUGAUGUCGGUGGUGCAAACCAAACCAGGUCAGGCAGGAUCCAUGACUGGGCAGGCAGGCACCCAGAUCAUACAGACUAAAGGUCCUCUCCCUGCGGGCACCAUCCUGAAGCUUGUGACGUCUGCCGACGGUAAACCCACCACCAUCAUCACGAGCAGUCAGGCCGGGGGCACCGGCACCAAGCCCACCAUCCUGGGCAUCAGUGGCAUGUCCCCUACCUCCACCUCCAAGCCUGGCACCACCAUCAUUAAGACCAUCCCCAUGUCUGCCCUCCAGCAGGGAGCCACAGGUAGAGCUCUAUACGGUGUGACGAGCAGUGCAGGAAUGAAGAGUCCUAUCACCAUCCUCACCACCAAGAUGAUGACCCCGGGCACUGGCAAGUUCAUCACCACCGUGCCCAAGCUGGGGACUGGAGUUGGCCAGCAGGGCCUAACACAGGUGGUGUUGAAGGGAGCCCCUGGUCAACCAGGCACCAUCCUCAGGACAGUUCCCAUGGGCGGAGUUCGUCUUGUCUCCCCCGGGACCGUGUCCUCGGUCAAACCCACAGUUACCACCCUUGUUGUCAAGGGAACCACAGGAAUGACGACUCUUGGCACGGUCACUGGCACCGUCUCCACAACCCUGGCAGGAGGAGGUGUGGCUAAUGCCACUCUGGCCACGCCCAUUACCACCCUGUCCAGCCAGGUGGUUAGCUCUGCCUCCAGCUCCUCGCCCACACAGGUGACCCUGAUCACGACGCCCAGUGGAGUGGAGGCCCAGCCUGUCCAGGACCUGCCUGUCUCCAUCAUGGCCUCGCCCACCUCUGACCAGCCCAGUGCCAGCUCUGGGUCUGGGGCCGAGGCGUCGGCUGGAGACACCCCUGGAACCGUCACCCUGGUCUGUUCCAACCCGCCCUGCGAAACCCACGAGACCGGAACCACCAACACGGCAACCGUGGCCUCUUCAACCAUGGGUGGCGUAGAGCAGCGAGUGUGCUCUAACCCCCCUUGUGAAACCCAUGAGACCGGAACCACCAACACGGCAACAGUAGCUUCGUCUGGUAUGGGCAGGGGGACGCAACAGGCCUGCACCAACCCCCCCUCUGAGACUCACGAUACGGGAACCACCAACACCGCCACCACCGCCAGCUGUAACAUGGGCUCCAACCAGACGGGGGUCCCCACCUCAAGCGGCUCCGAUUCACCAUCCUCCCCUUCGGGCUCGUCGGACCCGCUUUCCCCCUCAGCAGUGUCGGGCGCUAGCUCGGCCCCAGGGGUUCUCCGGCCAGAGACUCUCCGCACAGGGACCACCUACACCCAUACCACGGCCCGCUCCAACAUGGGCUCCAACCAGACUGGUACGGUUCAGAGCUCGUCGAAGGAAAAGUCGGGUCAAGGGAGCGGGGUCACCUCCCCUGUCUGCUCCAACCCGCCCUGUGAAACCCACGUGACCAGCACCACCAACACCACCACCACAAGCGGAGCCGGCAGCAUCCAACAGACCUGUUCCAACCCGCCGUGCGAAACCCACGAGACGGGUACGACCAGCACCCCGACCCAGGCCUCCUCCAGCAUGGGAGCAGAAGGCCAGGCUGAGGUAGCCCAGAGGGUGUGCUCUAACCCCCCUUGUGAGACCCAUGAGACCGGCACCACCAACACCCCCUCCACGGCCUCCUCCAACCUGGCGGGCACUGUCCAGAGGGUGUGCUCCAACCCUCCCUGUGAAACCCAUGAGACUGGGACCACUAACACAGCCACCACUGCCACAGCCCAGCCAGGCGGCGAGGGAGCGCAGGAUGACAACGGCACCACAGACGCCCCCUCCUCGUCUACAGAGUCCAGCGCAGUCACCACCACCCAGAGCCGUGCCGUCACCACAGUUACCCAGGCCACGCCCACCCCAGGACCCUCCGUACCGGAGAUCUCGUCCAUGUGUGGCGAGGACCAGAAGGCCGACUCGUCUGAGGCGGUGGCCGCGGCGACAGGGGAAGGGGAGGAGCCCAUGCAGACAGAUGACUCUGCUGCCGCAGGCUCCAUCCUGCAGGUGCACAUGGAGACGCAGCCCAGCCAGCCUGACCAGACCCAGAUGGAGCAGGGGGGCGGGGCGGAGCCUAUGAGCUUGCCCCAGGAGCUGAUGUCAUCAGAGGGCGCCACAGGUACGACCCUCAUGGUGACGGGGCUGACCCCGGAGGAGCUGGCGGUGACGGCCGCGGCGGAGGAGGCAGCCCAGGCAGCAGCCUCAGAGGAGGCCCAGGCCCUGGCCAUCCAGGCUGUCCUGCAGGCCGCGCAGCAGGCUGUCAUGAAUGAAGGUGAGGCCAGCUCAGAGACCCAGCAGCCCACCACCAUCCCCAUCGUGCUGACCCAGCAGGAGCUGGCAGCCCUGGUGCAGCAGCAGCAGCAGCUCCAGGAAGCCCAGGCCCAGGCUCAGGCUCUGGCCCAGCAGGAGGCCGCCGCCCAGGGCCAGGCGGCUGCCUCCCUCCCUACCGAGGGCCUGGCUCCAGCCGACAGCCUCAAUGACCCCACCUCGGAGAGCAACGGUCAUGAGAUGGCGUCUGCCGUGACGAGUGCGGUUGCCAGGUUGGCCAGCACCUUUGCCACACCACAGACGCUGGGCUCUGCCGGUCCUGCCAAAAUGCAGGCAGCUGCCACUAUGGCUGACGUGGCCAACGGCAUUGAGUCUGCAACAGGGAAGCAGGGAGCCCCUCCCUCCAUUGUCCCAAAGCCUGCUGUCAAGAAAGACAACCAGUGGUAUGAUGUGGGCAUCGUCAAGGUGACCAACAUGGUGGUCACGCACUUCUAUGUCCCUGCAGAUGACUCUGUCUCUGAUGAUGACUCCGGGGCGAUGCCAGACUACACCCAGAUGAGGAAGAUGGAGCUGCAGCCGGGCACGGCCUACAAGUUCCGUGUGGCGGGCAUCAACAACUGCGGGCGGGGCACCUUCUCCGAGGUCUCCGCCUUCAAGACCUGCCUUCCGGGCUUCCCAGGAGCACCCUGCGCCAUCAAGAUCAGCAAGAGCCCAGAUGGGGCCCACUUGACCUGGGAGCCUCCCUCAGUAACGUCUGGUAAGAUCAUCGAGUACUCCGUCUACCUGGCCAUCCAGAGCAGCCAAACCACCCAGGAGUCCAAGCCCUCCACCCCAGCCCAGCUGGCCUUCAUGAGGGUCUUCUGUGGGCCUAGCCCCUCCUGCCUGGUGCAGUCCUCCAGCCUGUCCAAUGCACACAUAGACUACACCACCAAGCCUGCCAUCAUCUUCCGCAUCGCAGCCCGCAACGAGAAGGGCUAUGGCCCAGCCACGCAAGUCAGGUGGCUCCAAGAAACCAGUAAAGAUGGCUCUGCAGCUAAACCAGCUGCCAAGAGACCAGGCACCUCCCCUGACACGAAAGCUACUGGUCCAAAGAAGGCCAGGGCCGACCAGUAAGGAAGGGCAUCCUCCGACCCUUCUGGUCUCUGACCGAACUCAACCCCCCCACUGAAGACCUCAACCAGGACUAACCCUUGCCCCAAAACAACUUCUACCAGAACUACAACCCUUCCAACAACCACAGUCUCAACCAGUUCCAAGAGUACCCCUUAUUAUCCCAAUGAAGACUUCUCCCCCAUCCCACCCAUGCUUAGCCUCAACCAAGACCCCGCCGAACCCCCCAUAGGGGUGAAGGAUCCCCAUCACUCAUGGUAACCAACCAACCCCCUCCCCCAUCAGUAGACGUUAUUGUGGUGCCAUGGACGCCUUAUUUCAGCUUUGUAUUUUUUAUUGAAAUAUUGCUAUUACUACUCAUGUUAAACCAUUUGACGCACAUAAUUGACGUUUCGUUCUUUGAUUUUUUUCUUCUGUGAAAUCAAAAAUACAACCGUUCUGUCAGGUAUAUCUGUAGUGUGCUAGUUUGUUUUCUCAUUUGUUUACCCUCCCUUACCUGGUUAUUGAACACAAGCAAUAGAAUCCACCAUUAACGUCUUUUGUUGAUGCUUGUGUCAUUAUUAUUUGACUGGGGAGUCGUUAUCAGAAGGAUCUCUUUCAGAAGACAAAGCUUCAUGAAGAGAAAUGACAACCAAAACUAAAAAAAUUCUAAACUAACUUACAGCACUUGGGGAUGCUCUUCAUUCCAGAGGAAAAAGACUUGUUUCAUAUUUGUACAUCAAUCAAGACUGUCAUCUUGCUUUGUGACAUCACUGUGUGUUAAUGCGUCUCCAACAAGAGGGAAGGAUUUUUGGAAGAAUGAGUUCCUCCAAUUUGAAAACGAAUAACUUCGGUUCAUGUAGGUGUAGAUGAUGAUCUUUCUUUUCCCUCUUCUAUCAAUCACAAAUCGAGCUACUUUCAUAGGCUGUGUGGAUGGGCGGUAAAGGUGGUCAUUAGUGACAAGUAAUUUGACAGUUAUUACAGCACCACUGAUUAAGAGCAGAUGUUUUUGUACUUUUGUUCUAUGAAAGAUGAUAAACUGCGCAAGACAAGAGACAAUAGAUAGGCUUUUGGGUUGUUGACUUGGAUUAAAGGAAUAAAUUGCAGAAAACACAUUCUUUUCUACAUUUUGGUUAUUUUCCCCUCCCUUCAUUUUUAAUAGUCCAUAGUAAAUACAUUUGUGAAAUCUAUGGAUCCCCAUAAAUUUUCCUUUCCUCCGAGGCUUAUUUUUUAGAGUUGCCGAAAUAAACUGGGUGUUUCUUGCCCAAAUUGUGGAGACAUUGUUGAUACCCAUUCUUCGUGUUUUUUUUAUUUUUAUUGGUGUAUCCUUUGCUUUGCAAAUGUUUAGUUAUGCAAUUGUGUGUAAUGUGACAAACGUUUCCAGAUAGUUGACAUGUAUGUCUUUAUGAAUGGCGAUACAGAGCUUUUUCUAGCGGGUGGAAGAGAGAAAUGUCGGUUGACAAGAAUGACUGGCUUAGCCAGUAUUUGGGCUCAGUUGUAAAUUAGUUUCUCCAUGUAGCACGAAGUUAAAAUGCCUUUUUAUAUAAUUAUCUGUAACAAAAAUGUUUUUACAUGUUUGUCAUCUCUUGGUUGCUUUUUGUCUGACUAUAUAAAAGAAAUGGAAAUUGGUCUCCUUGCUUAAUAAUGUCCCUGUGUUCUUUUGUUUCUUUCCUAAUUGAUAGCGACUUAGUUUGCUGCUGAAACUGUCUGGAGGUUCGUUAUGGUUACUAUGGUCAGCAGUGAUGUCACCAGACCAGAUUGUGAAUGAUGUUGCAAAAGCUGAUGGAAGAGUUGGCAUUUAACUGAUCAUUUUGGGUAUUAACAAAACUGUUUGUGAAUAUUACUCUGGAAAAUAAACUUUUUAGUGCAUCUUUUUUAA